CGUGACAUAAUGGAUUAUGCUGUACUGCCAAUCGCAAAAGAAGAAAAAGACCACCAAGCGAAUCAAAAGUUCCAAGAAGGUAGUAAUGAAAUCUCUAGCAAGCAAGAAGAAUAUACAAGUAAAACUUAUAGAUUCUGUGGUUACGUCAACCACAAGCUAGGUGGAUCUAAAGUAUUUUGUUGCCCUAAAUGUAAAACAGAACUCGAUAGGAAUAUUAAUGGUGCUCGCAAUAUUCUUCUUCGCUACCUUACUAAAAAAGA